AAAUUAUGAGGAUACAAUUUUUGUCUCCUCUUUACUAUGGUCAAAGGAGACAAGAUCAUAACGAGUUUUCGUCAGCAGGGUUACAUAUCGCAUUCAGGAGAACUCUCUUGGACGUGCGACAGAAGGGGAUGUUUAGGACUGGGCCUUGUCUAUCCCAUGAACCCGUGCGACAAUACAAACAGUCAUGGCGGCUCCGCGGUUAGCGCAACAGUGUCCUUCAACAAUACUUUCAGGCUAGAUAUUCUCCUUCUGCAGCUCCAAUAAACAUAUGCUUCUGCGAAAAUGAGCGACUGGGAAGAAGACGCAGACGAUUCUAGGAGCACUCCUCAGAAUGUGUAUAUUCCACCUAGCGGGAGAGGAUGGCACAAUUCCUAUGUCGAGAACGUCGAGGAAAAUUUUUCUGAUGGUAGGCGACCCGGCUUUGGACGAGGAAGGGCAAAUCGAUUUGGAAAUGCAAGAGAAGAGUACUCAAGCCCAGGAAAGAGGAAUGAUUAUUCCGAACGUGGGAGCUUUGGAGGUUUCAGUGGAGGAGAAAGCGGGUUUGGUGGCAAACAAUUCGCACGUGGUGGUCGCUCGUGGAGAGGCAGCCGCCAAGAUGAUGGCUGGCAAGAUCGGAGAAACAGGGAUUAUUCCCGAGGAAAUGAACGUGAAAGAAAUAGUACUGAGAUUAUGGUGCCCUCAGAUGAUGUGCGCUAUAUCAUUGGCAAAGGUGGCCAAAAGAUAAGAGAAAUUCAGAGUGAAAGUGGAGCAUACAUUAAGGUGAAAAAGGAUGAUGCUACUUAUUCGGAGACCCCAGUAGAAAUUUCUGGCAGUGAAGACCAAAUUAAAAAAGCUAAAGAAAUGAUUGAACAGAUUAUUGGUCCUGAUUCAUCAGUAACAAAUAACAUGGGAGGUCUAUCCAUUCAAAAUGGUACUUCAGAUGAAAGUUCCCAACCGGUUAAGCCCAAACGUAUUCCUUGGGCAAAGCUUCGUUCAGAACAGGAAGAAAAGGAAGCUGCAAGAUGGGCAGAUUUACCACCCAUCAAGAAAGUAUUUUACAGAGAGCAGCCAUCGAUUACAAACAUGGCUGAUGAAGAAGUGGAGAAAUUUAGAUUGGAUAAUAAUAGAAUCAUGGUAGAAAAUUAUGGGGAAUCCAUUCAGGACCGUAGUAUUCCAAACCCUGUUACAACAUUUGCCGAAGCUUAUGCUGAUUAUCCUGAAAUCAUGGAAGAAAUGAAGAAAGCAGGAUUUGUCAGACCAUCACCUAUUCAGUGCCAGUCCUGGCCAGUAAUCAUGUCAGGGAUGGACUUGAUAGGGAUUGCUCAGACAGGUACAGGAAAGACAUUGGCCUUUCUACUUCCUGCUUUCCUUCAUAUUGAUGGACAAGAAACGCCUCGUAAUGAAAGAGGUGGCCCUACUGUAUUAGUUCUUUCCCCCACGCGAGAACUUGCUUUGCAAAUUGAAGCAGAAGUUAAGAAAUUUCAUUACAGGGGAAUAAAAAGUGUCUGUGUUUAUGGAGGUGGAAGCAGAAAAGGACAGAUUCAAGUAGUUCAGAAAGGAGUUGAGAUUGUUAUAGCUACCCCUGGUCGAUUGAAUGAUUUGCUUAUGAAUGAAAUAAUGGAUGUCAGAAGUGUCACCUAUCUGGUGCUUGAUGAGGCAGAUCGUAUGCUUGAUAUGGGAUUUGAACCAGAGAUCAGGAAAAUUUUACUUGAUAUCAGACCGGACAGGCAAACAAUUAUGACAAGUGCAACUUGGCCAAAAAGUGUCCAGAGAAUGGCUGAUCAGUACAUGAAGGAUCCCAUGAGGGUGUUUGUGGGAUCACUGGAUUUGAAUGCUUGUCACAAUGUUACGCAGCUUGUUGAGGUUUUGGAUCCUGCUGAAAAGAAAGAAAGGACGCUUCACUUUAUCUCGCAAAUGACUGAGAGCGACAAGGUGCUGAUUUUCGUGGGCAAGAAAAUAAAAGCCGAUGACAUUGCGAGUGACUUUAUGUUGUCUGGAAUUCAAGGAGUACAGUGUAUACAUGGGGACAGGGAACAAAUCGAUCGCGAGCAAGCACUAGAUGAUUUUAAGACAGGCGUGGCGAAAAUCCUCAUCGCAACCGACGUAGCUUCCAGGGGAUUGGACAUUCGCGGUGUCACAUGUGUGCUAAAUUUUGACUUCCCACGAAACAUUGAGGACUACGUUCAUCGUAUUGGCCGCACAGGAAGGGCAGGUAAGAAAGGCACUUCGCUUACUUUUGUGACUCGAGAGGACUGGAGAAUGGCUCACAAACUCAUCAGUAUCAUGGUGGAAGCCAAUCAGGAAGUUCCCGAUGAACUAGCGGACAUGGCGCAACGCUAUGAAGAAUUCCGUGAACGCAAUGGUUACAACGACAGGGGGGAGAGAGGUAGUGGAGGAAGAGGCGGUGACGGUUGUUACAAUUGUGGCGGGAGUGGCCACUUUGCCCGGGAAUGUCCCGAGGGAGGGGGUGAGAGACGAGAAAGAGGACGAGGGGGCGGUGGUGGAGGAAGGGGAGGAAGGGGAGGAAGGGGAGGAAGGGGAGGAAACUUUGAAUCACACUUUCAACUGUGGCAGAUAACGCUUCUAACCAGCGCGCAAGGGUUUAUGACUUCGCGCACCUUAGACCCAUGA